AUGAAAAAGAAUGGAUUAGUAAGCGAAAAGAGCUAUCCAUAUGGGAAAAAGCAUGGGUCAUGUGAAAUGAAAAGUGCACGAUUUGGAAAACCUGUUGCCACCUUUACAGUAAGCCGUGUUACACCUUUAUUAUUUAAAGCACUUCUGGCAAAGGACGGAAUAUUUAGUGAUCAAUGCGACGAAGGUUUUUAUUCACAUACGGUAUUAGCGGUUGGAUUUACAAAUAAUAUAUUUUAA